GGGAUCUUCCGCUCAUCUGGUGACGCGCGCGCGCUCUGAACUCGCCCUUGGCCCUCACGGCAGAGCAGACGGAUAUAAGGCCGAAGGUCGUCUGGUCAUAAUGUCUCACAGCCUAUCCUCCUUCUCAAUGGCGAGCCAGCAAAAGAUGAAUAUCGAGACCCGCCUCGAGCGCGUGCCGACGCCGAACAGCGACCUCUACCGGAGUCCGACGACCGCCGUGGGCUCGAGCAACUACCGCCCACCAUCGCCCAUCGCCCCCACCUAUGCGACGUACUCGCCUACGAGGAUUAGUCGGCCGCGGGCUUUGCUGCACGAGUACGCCGCCGAGUUCUUUGGGGUCAUGGUCCUUGUCAUCUUCGGCUGCGGCGUGAACUGCCAGGCCGUUCUCUCGUCCAACACGAACGCGUCGGCCUCGCCUAAGGGCGACUUCGGCAGCGUCACGAUUUCCUGGGGUGUCGCCCUAGCCUUCGGCGGGUGGAUAUCUGGCGGCGGACACAUCAACCCUGCUGUCACCAUCGCCCUCGCCACCUGGCGACGCUUCCCCUGGUAUAAAGUCCCCGGAUACGUUAUCAGCCAGCUUUUCGGUGGCCUUAUUGGCGCCGCCAUCCUAUACGCAAACUACUUCCACGCCAUCGACGUCUACGAGGGCGGACGCGGCGUCCGCACGCUUGCCACCGCCGGCCUCUUCGGGACGUACGGCGCAGAUUUUAUGACGAACGUAUCGUGCUUCUUCUCGGAGUUCAUCGGCACUGCUCUGCUGAUGUUGGGUGUUUUGUCGGUGCUUGACCCAAGAAACCGUGUGCCGUCCUUUUUGAUCCCGUUUGCGCUCUUCUUCUUCCUGGCGGGUAUCACUGCGGCCUUGGGCUGGGAGACGAGCUUCGCUGUGAACCCUGCUCGUGAUCUUGGGCCGCGCCUACUCACGUCUAUGGUGGGGUAUGGUGGACAGGUGUACUCAUACCGCAACCAAUACUGGAUUUGGUGCCCCAUCAUUGCUACGAUCCUUGGCGCGCAAGUCGCGACGAUCAUCUAUGAUAUCUUCCUCUACAAGGGCGGCGGGGACAGCGUCAUUUGCCAGAAGUUAUACGGGAACAACUUCUACGAGAUUGACCCCCAGCCCGAGCUGACGGAGGCAUCCCGGCGGCGCGAACGAGGGAUGAGCGAGUCGAAGAGCCCUGUCUGAGUGUAUACAAAGUCACGAUUUCUCUCUCGUUCUAGGCAUACCGUGAAGCCCAGCUGGAACUAGGGCCGGCUGUAGUCAUACCAUCCCGUUGUGGGUCCACUGUACAAUGUAUUUCUAUCAUCAACUUUACGACAUACACGAUAAUUGCACGAGCGUCUAUUCGACAUGUCCUUGAUGGAUCGAGACGCGGUCCGAUCUGGCUGGACUGGUUGCUUCAGACCAUGCGCGUCUGGAUCUCGAAGGCGGCUCGCCCGCGCCCGCGACGCCAUUGCCAAUAUAAAGACACGUCGACUGUCCCGCGAUGAUCAGCACUUCCCGCCUUGUCCCUCACCGC